ACCGAUUGCACAGACAUGAGUCAUAGCAGCAGCUACACGUGGGGGAGGAGCCACAGCCAGGAAUUUCCAGUUUACUUUCAGCUUCUGAGCCUCUGACAGUGAGCUUGUUAUCUAACUUGUGUGAGGAAACACAACUCUCAAAAGACGUGAAAUUUCCUUUAUUUAACAAGUAUCCCGACCAGAGUCCACAGCUUUUUUUGUGUGUUUCAUGUAGGUGGAGCUGACACUUACCCUGCACCUCUGCACUUUCUAAGAUGGAUUUCAAUUCUAUGCUUCUAAGUAUUGAUGAUGGAUUAGGACGAGAAGAUAUAGAGGCUUUAAAAUUUCUCUGCAGGGAUGUCCUCAGGAAAAAUAAAUUGUUGUCUGUACGGUCUGGCCAGGAACUUUUUCAGCAACUCAUGACCGAAGAUUUAAUAAAUGAGGACAAUUUUUUUCUGUUAAAGGAACUUUUAUACAUUAUUAAUCACCACAGCCUCCUCCGUAAUCUUGGCACAAAUAAAGAGAAAGUGCAGAAAGCUCUUCCACGCCAGGGGAGAAUAUCACCUUAUAGGCAAAUGCUUUAUCAGCUUUCAGAAAAUAUCGCUGGAGACGAUGAAAAGCGUGUAUACUUCCUACUGCCUCUUCAGAAGAAGCAUAAAGAAAACAAGACCUUUCUGGAAGUGUUAUGUCAACUGGAAAGAGAGAACUCCAUUACAGAAGACGAUGUUGAACUCCUGGAAGAUAUCUUCAAAAAGGUUGCGCCUGAUCUAUUGAAAAUAAUUGAAAAAUACAAGGAACGGGGAGAUAAAUUACAUCAGACAGAAAAUCACCUGAUAGACCCAUCUGCUCCACCAGAGGAUGAGCAUGAAUUAAUAAACCCACCUCUCUCCAUCCAGGUUUCAAGCAAAGACAGUGAAUUAUGGGAUAAAGGAACGGAGAGUCUAAUAGAGCAUACUGGAAAGAUCCACGAAGAAGCAGAAAAGGAAGAUGAUAAAUCAGGAAACAUUAACCAUCAGCUCUCUGAUCUCAGACUGAAUUCUGAAAUGACACCACAAGCAAACAAAGAGGAAUUUUAUGACAUGAAUCACAAACAUCGAGGUUAUUGCUUGAUUAUUGAUAAUUCAGUUUUCAUGAAAGGAAACCGUAGAGAAGGCUCAGACAAAGAUGCUGGUGCUCUGAGUGAUGUCUUUUCAUGGCUUGGAUUGGAAGUGGACAUUUUUGAAAAUUUGAUGUCUGAACAGAUUCGCGAUUGCUUAAAGAGGUUCAAAUCCAGAGAUCACAGUGAAAGAGACUGUUUUGUGUGCUGUAUCUUGACACAUGGGGAAUCAGGGACAGUUAUGGGGAGUGAUGAUAAAGAAGUAUCUAUUCGUGAAAUUAUGUCCUAUUUCACAGCUAUAAGCUGCACAUCUUUGGUUCUAAAACCAAAGCUGUUUUUUAUUCAAGCAUGCCAAGGAAAAUUCACACACCCUUCAUCUAAAGUAGAAGCUGAUGCAAUAGUUCCUGAAGAAAACAAAAAAUAUGUUGUGAAUGUUCCAAAGGAUGCUGAUUUUCUACUAGGGAUGUCUACAGUUGAUGGUUAUGCUGCAUACCGCCACACAAGAGAAGGCUCAUGGUACAUUCAGGCCCUUUGCAAGAACCUUGUUGAAUUGGUUCCAAGGGGUGAAGAUAUUUUGGCAAUUCUCACAAAAGUCAACAAAGAUGUCAGUCUAAAGGAAGGCCAACAAGGAAUCUUAAAGCAGAUGCCCCAGCCAUCUUAUACUCUGCUAAAGAAACUUAGAUUCCCCGUACCCGAUGUUCCUUUUAGGCCCAAAACUUGUCAGGAAAACAGUCCAUAAUCACAGUAAUGUUAAGAUGCUGGGAACUGUACACAGCUGCAAAGGUGGCUUUAUCAGCAAAUGUUGCAGUAUUCUUCAUCAUGUGAUUGUCAGAUAACUAAGUAUAACCUCAGGGAAAUGCAACUGCCACCAAUGUAUUAAUUGUUACCGCACUCCAUUCUCCCUGGUAUCGUGAAACAGAAUUGCAAAAGAAUUGUUAAAAGAAUUGCAAGUAGUACUGCUACUUUGUCAAAUACAUAAAGGGACAGCUUUAUCAAAAUGUGAGUUUAGAGCUUAAAGAAUAAUAAACCUUUUUUUUCAAUGAGUAAAAUUACUCUAAACAGCCUCCAGAAUUACCUACCUUUGUGCCAGCAUUCUCUCUGACCUGGUUCCUCAGUCAGAAGGUAUUCUUUUUCUUUGUUUCCUUGUGCAGAGUGAAGCCCCGCCCCCACUUCCUGUUCAGUCCUCUCUUCAAUUCCACAAGGUUGUUGGAGUGGAGAGCCAGUCUGUGCAUUAGCCUGUUUUUUUUUUUGAUGAGAGACCUGAACAGGAAGUGGGGGCGGGGCUUCACUCUGUACAAGGAAGCAAAGAAAAAGUACACCUUCUGACUGAGGAACCAGGUCAGAGAGAAUGCUGGCACAAAGGUAGGUAAUUCUGGAGGCUGUUUAGAGUAAUUUUACUCAUAGAACAAAAAAAAAAAAGGUUUACUUUUUCUUUAAUAAAUAAGUACUCAUUCACCUUCUAUUCUAUGGUAUUUUAAGCAUAUUUUAACUUUCACCCAUUGAUAAAUAUACUUCUAAAAAUCCCAUAGGAAUGAAUAGAACGUGGGUGAGCUAUUAUACAGCCAGAUCUGAGAUUUAGAGGUGGCAUGCCACCCAGCCUCACAAGAGUAAUUUGGCUGCAUGCGGAGUAAUGGGGACAGGACACGAAGAAACUUUAGCGCUUCCUCUCCCCAUGGCUCCAAAUUAAUUAAGUGGUGGGGGGGCCUUGGGGCGCCCUAUUGAGAAAUCUGGCCCUGCUUAUAUAUUGAGCUCUAAACUGAUAAUCUGGCCUUUAGUACUGUAUUGCUUUUCAAAAGCUUUUCUGGACACAUACAUUUUCUUUUGCCUGCAAGAGGUCAGGACAACUGGGUCUGAUGGGCCAGAUUCAAUUUCAUGAGAAAACAUUAUUUUGUGGUUAAUUAUGUGAAAAUUAUGGACGUCAUUCAGUUUGUUAGGAAAAAAUGUUUCUCCUAAUUCAUUUCCAGUUUUUUUUCCAUAGACUUCAAUAGAGGUUUCAUGUGAUACACACUGACACACUGAGAAAAGAUUUGCUUAUUUAAUUGCAUCUGGCUGUUGUGAACAUCUGGAAUUUAAUUAAGAGAUAAGCUUUUCUCAUCAAAUUAAAUCUGGACCGAUGUGUGCUACUUUAUUCUGCGGGCAAAUCAACUGAUGCAGAAAAUGUAAUAAAGUAGGAAUAUUUUUAGUAGCCUUAAGGCAUGGAGAUCCAAAUUACAGAAAGAUCCCUUAUCCGGAAAACCGGCUAUGUCGUGAGCAUUCUGGGUAAUAGGUCCAAUACCUGUACUAUUGUCCAACCCACAGCAGUAAUUCCAUUGUGUUGGUGCAUCCCCUUAAAGGAGCAGUUCGGUGUAAAAAGAAAAAUGGGCAAAAUAGAUGUCAGAGCAUUUCUCUGUUUUCCUUCUGACGGUGUAUUUUUUUGACUGUACAGGUAUGGGAUCUGUAAAUCCAUUAUCCAGAAAGCUCCGAAUUACGGAAAGAUUUUAAUCAAAUAAUUCAGAAUUUUAAAACUGAUUUCCUUUUUGUCUGUAGUAAUAAAACAGUACCUUGUAAUGCCAACUAAAAUAUAAAUAAUUUUUAUUGGAUGCAAAACAA